AUGUCCAUGGGCGCCAGUGAGUCCUGGAAGAAAGGUCGCCGACUGACCUCGCGCCGGAGUAAGGAGUACUUUUCGAACGCGACAAAAUGUAAACAAACAUGGCGGCCUCCCUGUGCAGAAGAAUACCCUCGGUUUCGCGAAAUAUUAUUCUCUCAGGAAACAGGUUUUAAGUCUAGUGCAUCGGGUCACGCUCAGGAUGAAUAUUCUUCGGAGAAGGAAACACAUUUUGGCUUUGAAAACGUGCCUGAGAACCAGAAGAACCAAAAAGUACAUGAAGUUUUUGAGAAUGUAGCAGACAAAUAUGAUGUGAUGAACGACCUCAUGUCACAUCGGAUAUGGAAAGACAUUCAUCGUGACAUUGCCUUCCGCUUCAUCAAACACAUCGAGCAGGCUAAUAGAGGGAGAACAGUUGUGCCGAGUGAAGUCAGUGAAUCAGACCCUGGAGAGAAGGAUAGCCUGAGAUUGCCAUAUGAGGUUGUUGUUUGCGACAUAAGUCAGGGGAUGCUGGAUGUAGGACAGAAGCGAGCAGCAGCGUUGGGAUAUUCCGGACUCUCUUGGAUCUGCGGAGAUGCCCAAAAGCUUCCAUUCCCCGACGAUCACUUUGACUGCUACACCAUAGCGUUUGGAAUAAGGAAUGUCGUGGAUCUGGAAAAGGCUCUGAAUGAAGCAUACCGUGUACUGAAACCUGGCGGGAGGUUCGUCUGCUUGGAGUUCAGUGAAGUUACGAAUCCAGCGGUCAGAUGGAUGUACGACCGGUAUUCCUUCGGCGUGAUUCCGGUGAUGGGGCAGGUAGUCGCAGGAGACUGGAAGAGCUACCAGUACUUGGUAGAGAGCAUACGCAAGUUCCCAGAUCAAGAGACAUUCAAAGAGAUGAUCGAGGAUGCAGGAUUCAGGAGAGUGACCUACGAAAACUUGACCUUUGGGGUAACGGCAAUACACAGUGGUUUCAAAAUUUAGAAAAAGUGGGUACUUAAGUAUUUGAAAAUUAAUGAACGAUUGAGAUAUUUAUUUCUUAUUUUUUUUAUUUUUUAGAUUAGAGUUGAUAACAUCAUCUUCCAAAUGUUGUUGAUUUUGUAAAUAGUUGUAAUAAACAGUUGAAGUUAUA